GUAUCGAGCGCGCGCGGAUGACAGAGGAUGCACAAGACCAUCUAAAACAUAACCUCUUUGUUUUUACUUUCCAUCUUUUCAUUCAUCUUCCUUUCAUUUUUUGGUUUGAUCCCCCGUUUCUCUCUGUGUGCGCGGGCGUCGCGAUGGAGCCCGGAGCCGUCGCGCUCUUUGGCACGAGGCGGCCGCGCGGUGGAUCCACGGGACUAUGAUCUCUGUGCGCUGUUUGCCGCGUUAUUUGCCGCUUUCCUUCGCUGCCGCUGACGCGUUUGCUUUGGACGCGAGCGGAAUCGGACCGACAACCCUCUGACCCUUCUCCACCAGGUAGCAGCGUCUCCACGCACGUGAGGUGAGUGCAUCCACCAAUCCACGUCUCCUCUCCACAUCUUCAUCACCAACAACAUGAAUAUAACACAAAUAUGCGCGUUUGUAUCAAUAAACGCGGAGCCGUUACUCACAGGUUUAUGAGCCGGUCAUGAGGUGCGGAUUGAAGCUCGUUUCGGUCAUUUUUGGUUGUGUUUUUUCGGACUAAACCGUCAAAUGUCUCGCGCGUCUUGAAAAUGGCCUCUUUUUUGGGGGGUGACAUUUUUUCUCAGCGCGACGUGCCACUGAAUACUAAACAGCGCAGCUCCGUGUUUCACCGUUUUUCAUUCGCUUUUUUGUUCACAAUUUUGUUGAUAAUUUGAUCCAAGGGAAUCCCUGCGUUUGUGGUGUAGUGACUCGUCUUUUAUAUCGCCUUGUGUGGUUUACUCAUAUAUGUGUAAUAAAGACUAAACUGUGUGUGAAAAUCUGACAUUGAUCUGGCUGCGACCAAAAUGUAUUAAUUUAUGAAUCUUCAGCAUUAAUCACAUUGUAGAGCGAUGUGCACGAGCUGUUAUGUUGUAUUUUUAUAAUUCACACAGUCUAGUGUUAAUAAGUCCAGAAGCGUCAUGUUUGAGAAAACCCUGAGAAUUCUACCAAAAAUCUGUGUCUGAUGCUCAUAUUUUGCAAUAUCCUGUUUUGAUAGUGAUCUUGUUUUUUUCAUAGUCCUGGUUUAGUUCUGGUCUAAACUACUGUUAGUCCCAAUUUAUUUUUAGUCCUGGUUUAGUUCUGGUCUAGACUUGGGUUAGUCCUGGUUUAUUCUUAGUCCUGGUUUAGUUCUAGUCUAGACUGGGGUUAGUCCUGGUUUAUUCUUGGAUUAGAUGUGCUUGUUUUGGUAUUGGUUUCCCAUAUAACCAGGAUUAUUCCUGGUUUAAUUCUAUACUGCCAUAUAUCUGCUUAAUUUUGUUUUAGAUGUGGGCUAGUCUGGUUUAAUUCCUGUAUUAGUUCUGGUUUAGUCCUGUUUCAGUCCUGGUUUACAACUGGUUUAGUCCUGGUUUAGUCCUGACUCUUGCUUUAGUAUUGGUUUAGCCCACAUGUAGAACAGGUUUAAUCUUAGUUCAGUUAUGAUUUAGGGCUGGUUUAGUCCUGGUUUAGUCCUGGUUUAGUCCUGGUUUAGUCCUGGUUUAGUCCUGCUAAAAUGUGAUUCAGGUGGUUCAAAUUUCACUCCCGUCUAGUUUGUUGUUGUUGUUGUUGUUGUGCCCUUGGGCAAUGCACUUCACCUACCUUACCUUAGAUGUGCUGUCCUCCCCGCUCUCUCUCAGGUGCAGACAUGUGGGGGCAGCAGUGCAUGUGUGUUCUUCUCUUCUGCUUCAUUCUGUCCCAUCUGUGGACCAGCAGGUUUGUGGUGAAUGCUAUGGACGACUUGAAUAUCACUUUGUUCACCAGGAUUUUAGAUCGACUCCUAGAUGGCUACGACAACCGCCUCAGGCCCGGACUCGGAGACCGAGUGACAGAGGUGAAGACGGAUAUUUAUGUUACGAGCUUCGGGCCAGUGUCAGACACAGACAUGGAAUACACCAUAGAUGUGUUUUUCCGUCAGAGCUGGAAGGAUGAGCGUCUGAAGUUCCAUGGCCCCAUGAACAUCCUCCCCCUGAAUAACCUGAUGGCCUCCAAGAUCUGGACUCCAGACACCUUCUUCCAUAACGGCAAGAAGUCUGUGGCACACAAUAUGACCAUGCCCAACAAGCUACUCCGGAUCAAGGAUGAUGGAACGCUACUGUACACGAUGAGGUUGACGGUUCAUGCAGAGUGCCCCAUGCACCUUGAGGACUUCCCCAUGGAUUUCCACUCCUGCCCCCUAAAAUUUGGCAGCUACGCCUACACCAUCUCUGAAGUGACGUACAUAUGGACCCGGAAUGCCUCGGACUCUGUGGUGGUGGAAGGAGAGAGCUCCAGACUCAACCAGUAUGACUUGCUUGGCCAGUCUGUGGGCCAGGAGACCAUCAAGUCCAGCACAGGUGAGUACACGGUCAUGACAGCACACUUUCACCUGAAGAGGAAGAUUGGGUACUUUGUCAUCCAGACCUACCUCCCCUGCAUCAUGACGGUCAUACUGUCCCAGGUCUCCUUCUGGCUCAACCGUGAGUCGGUGCCAGCCAGGACUGUGUUCGGAGUGACCACAGUCCUGACCAUGACCACUCUGUCCAUCUCAGCUCGUAACUCUCUGCCCAAAGUAGCCUAUGCCACAGCGAUGGACUGGUUUAUCGCAGUGUGUUACGCCUUUGUGUUUUCAGCGCUCAUCGAGUUCGCCACUGUGAACUAUUUCACCAAACGCGGGUGGGCUUGGGACGGCAAGAGCGUGGUCACCGAUAAGAAAAAGGAGCGUGCAUCUGUGAUGAAGAAGAACAAUGCUUACGCGGUGGCUGUGGCGAACUACGCCCCAACGCUGAGCAAAGACCCAUCGGGCGCCCUCCCCACCAUCGCCAAAGGGGGCGCUACCUCUUGCGAUCCCUCCAAACCCGCAGCGGCUGGUGGUAAAGCUCCGGAGCAGAAGAAAACCUUUAACAGUGUCAGUAAAAUCGACCGCAUGUCACGCAUCCUCUUCCCCGUGCUGUUCGGGAGUUUCAACCUGGUCUACUGGGCCACGUACCUCAACAGAGAGCCCGUCAUCAAAGACAUGGUACCCUCAGCUUAACCACUGCCACAAAACUAAAACAAAAUGUGAAAAAAUCUACAGUUUUAUGGAGGAUUUUUGAACAAAGUGACUCCAGAUAAACUGUGUGCUCACUGGAGUUUGUUUUCUACUCUGCACUUUGAGAGGUUUUGUAAAUGUGUGUACCAUAUUUCUAUCUCCUGUUUCAUAUUGUGAGAAUCAUUAUUGUGUCGGUUCAAAUUUGGACUUAUGCCAAAUGAACAUGGGUACUUUUACAAACAGGUUUUCACUGCAGAUUCUUGAGUUUACAUGCUUAAAUCCAGGGGCGUCCAAGCCCAACAGUGGAGACGUGUUUUUGUCCUCUCAGCUUUAUUCACACAUCGAUCACAGUAAAUUGCCUUGUUCAACAUUCCAGUACAUUCAGCAGUGACCCUCAUUUACACAUGCUCUAGUCCCAGAAUAUUGCUUUGUCUGUUCACAUGUCACAUGUGCAUGUUCAUAGGUGCAAAAUCCUGGCUCUUUGCCUAUUGCUACAAUGACAUGACAAUAGAAUGUAACCAUGUAGUCUAACCAAGGAAACCAAGCAGUUUUCCUGGCAAUUUUCUGGCUUUAUUCACACAUAAGACUUCCGUGUAUAUUCCCAGUAUUUUACUUGGAAAAUUGCUAUAUCAAAAAAUGCAGGAAUUCAGUUCUGGCUUCGUUCACAUAUGACCCAGUUCUGGCAAAAUGCAGAUAAAUUCCCGUGUCAGACAACAUGUGUGAAUGAGACUGUAGGUUAUGGUUAGUCUAACUCUGUAAGUCCACAGCAAAACAUUUGAUUGGGGUUUAGAUCAAUUGUAUGACUUUUUUUAGAUAUUUAUUUUACAUUUUGUUCAUUGCAAACAGACAUUUUCUGAGCAAAUUUUUUAAAUGCAGGACAAUACAGGGUUACUCAAACAGGAAUCAAUCAAAACACAGCUCUGAGUGAGAUCAUGAGUGAAAACCCACUGAAAAGCUCCUAAAAGUUAAUUUUGCAGAAUCAGUGAACUUU